AACAAAGAUAUAUGGGGUUCUUCACAAUGCUCUCUACGCCACUCUGCCUUCUUUUCUGCUUCCUCUGUCUUAAAAUUGCCUUCUCAUCCUCUUUACAUGCUUCUUCCUUUUCAACAACACAGCUCUGCUCUCAUGAGGAGGCUUUUGCUUUGCUGCAAUUCAAGACUUCCUUUUCCACCAAUAACACUGCUUCUGAUCCUGAAAGAUGUAAUACUUACCAUACCAAACCUUAUUCUAAGACUGAGUCUUGGAAGGAAGGUGUAGGCUGCUGUUCCUGGGAUGGGGUUAGCUGUGAUAAUGUCACAGGUCAUGUAAUCGCUCUUGAUCUCAGCUGCAGUCUCCUUUCUGGCACCUUUCCUUCCAACAGCACUCUUUUUCUCCUCAAAAACCUGCAGAGCCUCAAUCUUUCCUUCAAUGAUUUUAGGCUUUCCAAGAUUCCAACAGAAAUCAGUCAGUUUACCAAACUAAAGCAUCUUGAUAUCUCUUGUUCUCAGUUUUCGGGCCAAGUUCCAGCAGAAAUUGCUCACCUACCCAAGUUAGUUUCUCUCAAUCUCUCUAAUUACCUCUAUUCUGAUUCUGCUGAAUUGAUCCUUGAAACAACUACCUUGAGAAAUCUUGUUCAGAACUUAAGUGAGGUGAGAGAACUUGUUCUUUAUGGAGUGAACAUGACAUCUGUUAAUCCUCGUUUCUUCAUGAAUCUCUCUUCUUCAUUGACUACUCUUGGUCUUGCGGAGAGUGCAUUAAGAGGAAACUUUCCAAACAGUAUUUUCCGCUUUCCAAAUCUCAAGAAUUUUUAUUUAAGUGGAUCUUUUAGAGAGCGAAACCUCACUAUUGAUCUUCCAAGUUUCAAUUGGAGCAGUCCUCUCCAACAGUUGUAUUUAGGUGGUAUGGAUUGCGGAAGGGGAUUGCCAGAGUCUAUAGGAGAUCUAAAGUCAUUACAGUAUCUAAGUCUUAGCUGCAACUUGGAAGGUUCCAUUUCAACAUCACUUACAAAGCUCACACAACUUAGCGUACUUGACCUUUCAUGGAAUCACUUUUCUGGUCCCAUUCCAGCUUUCAUAGGGAACUUAUCCCAACUUACUUCUCUAGGCCUCUUUUUUAACAAUCUUAGCGGACAAAUCCCAUCAUCAGUUGCAAACCUCACACAACUUCGCUCACUCCAACUUUCAUUGAAUCACUUUUCUGGUCCCAUUCCAGCUUUCAUAGGGAACUUAUACAAACUUACUUCUCUAGGCCUCGGAUAUAACAUUCUUCGCGGACAAAUCCCAUCAUCACUUGCAAACCUCACACAACUUAGCGUACUUGACCUUUCAGAGAAUCACUUUUCUGGUCCCAUUCCAGCUUUCAUAGGGAACUUAUACCAACUUGUUUCUCUAUUGCUCUCUUCUAACAAUCUUAGUGGACAAAUCUUAUCAUCACUUGCAAACCUCACACAACUUGUGGUGCUUCGCCUUUCAAAUAAUCAGUUUUCUGGUCCCAUUCCUUUUCAUGCAACUAGGUUUUCCACACUAAGCACUCUAGACUUAUCUUAUAACUUACUUAAUGGCACGUUGCCACCUUGGAUUUUCACCCUACCUUUGUUAGAGGACUUGAAUCUCGGUCAUAACCAAUUUCAAGGGCUCAAUUCCUAACUCAAUCGCUAAUUUAGUAAAUCUUUAUUCUCUCGAUUUAUCAUCAAAUCAUUUCAUCACUCUUUCAAACAAUAAUCUGUCCUUGAGAAUGAAUGUCCAUGCCAACU